AUGUGUGAACAAUUGAACUGUAAGUAUAAACCUAAUCAAAAGUGGUGUGGAUAUCAUGAUCCUCAGCGUUAUCAUAAAAAUGGUAAACUUCAUAAACAAAGAUUAGAAGAACAUAGAUCUAUAAUUAAUGAAAUUAAACAAUAUAUUGAUAUAAAAAUUAAAGAAAUAAUUAGAUCAAUUGAUCUGAGAUUGAUUGAUCUAAUUCAAUCUAAUAAUGAAAAAAUAUUACAAGGAGUCAAUAACCUAUUAAUUAAAGAACGUAGUCCUAGGAAUUCUUUUAAUAUGUUUAAAUUAGGUAUAGAUUAA